UAAAACUGGUACCGAAAAAUAUGAUGUGAAGGUUAUGUUAGGUUAAGUAAUUGACGGUUAUUUCUGUAUAGUUUUAGUGUCGUACUUAAUUACCUAUGCAGCAAAGCAUAUAAAGAGUCUUCUGUAUAUCCCAUAUAUAACACAUAGACAGAAAUGUUGGUACGACUAUUCCGAGCUCAUGGCGACUUCUGCGCAAGCCACCCCUGGGAGGUGAUCGUGGCCACGCUUACGCUGACUGCAUGCAUGCUUUCAGUGGACAAGCCCCCGCCUACUUCUCCUCCACCCACACCAACCCACCAUUGUCUUCCUGGGACCAGGAAUUGUUUAACACUAGAGGAUUACAAUGCAGUGGAUGUGAUAGUGAUGACAAUGAUUCGCUGUAUUGCAGUCCUCUACAGUUACUACCAGUUCUGCAAUCUUCACAAGUUAGGCUCAAAAUACAUUCUUGGGAUCGCUGGACUGUUCACUGUCUUCUCCAGUUUUGUCUUUAGUUCCAGCGUCAUAAACUUCAUGCGCAGUGACAUUUCAGAUUUGAAAGACGCCUUGUUCUUCUUUCUGCUGCUGAUUGACCUGUCAAAGGCCACACUCCUGGCUCAGUUCGCUCUGAGCUCGUCAUGCCAGCAGGAGGUGAGGCACAAUAUCGCACGAGGCAUGGCUCUGCUAGGCCCCACCAUCACGCUGGACACCAUCGUCGAGACUCUGGUUAUCAGCGUGGGCACUCUCUCUGGAGUCAAGCGCCUGGAGGUGUUGUGCUGUUUCGCCUGUAUGUCUGUUGUCGUCAACUAUGUUGUCUUCAUGACCUUCUACCCUGCUUGUCUGUCUCUUAUACUGGAGUUGUCUCGCAGUGAUGGUUGGCACAACCAGUCUCUUAUCAUGAGAGCUCUGCGAGAGGAGGACCAGAAGCCCAACCCUGUUGUACAGAGAGUCAAGGUCAUCAUGUCUGCUGGCCUGGUUGUAGUUCACGCUCACAGUCGGUGGGCGCUACGAAGUGUGAGUGAGGAGAGCACAGUGCUGCCUCUGGUGGCAGACAAUAUCAGCUCCAAUAGAACCGAGGACGUCAUCCAAGGACAAUUUAUCAGGUGGGUGACUGGCAGUGCCGAUCAUAUUGUCAUCCUGAUCCUCCUUCUGGCUCUCACAGUCAAAUUCAUAUUUUUUGAAGACAAAGAAGAACUGACGGAACAGAUACUCAUGUCCUCUGCAACUAGCAAGCAAGAGCGACACAAUGAAUGCACAGGGGCUGUGGACGGGUUACGAAACCAGAUCAGUCACCUUAAUGCUUUUGCUGCUGGUGUUCAAGAAGAGGUGACACUACGGGAACAGAGUGUGCAAACCACUGGUGUGUCCUCUGCACCACACGACAAGGCUUGCCAGACAGAGGUGGAGAGUGGGGGGCCGGCGGGUCGUGCGGAUAAACCUGUACAGACAGAUGGUAGUGUGGAGCAAGUCCCACGAUAUGACAGGGCAGUGCAGACUGGUGACCUCCAGGAGGAAGAGGAGGUCCACCCUAGACCUCUCGAGGAGUGUGUGGCUAUUUACAAGGAAAAGGGUUCAGCCGGAUCUCUGUGUGAUGCCGAAGUGAGGGCACUGGUCAGAGCCAGUUAUAUCCCCACUUACCAGAUAGAGAAGGCGGUGGAUGACCCCGAGCGGGGGGUUGGCAUCCGACGGCAAAUAGUGGGACAGUCUGGUGACUUCACAGAUGCCCUCACACAACUACCCUACCGCAACUAUGACUACUCCAAGGUGCUGGGAGCCUGCUGUGAGAACGUAAUAGGCUACGUGCCAGUGCCGGUGGGUAUUGCUGGGCCCCUAUUGCUGGAUGGCAGACUGGUACAAGUGCCCCUGGCCACGACAGAGGGCUGUUUAGUAGCUUCCACCAAUCGAGGGACCCGGGCUCUUCUGCAUUGUGGGGUCAGCAGCAGAGUGGUGGCGGAUGGCAUGACCCGCGGUCCUGUUGUCCGGUUCCCCUCUAUGACUAGAGCCAGUGAAGCCAUGCUGUGGAUGCAGUCGCCUGAGAACUUCCAGACGAUGAAAGAUAGUUUCGACUCGACCAGCCGGUAUGCUCGGCUAACCAAACUGCAUGUUCGGAUUGCCGGCCGGCUGCUGUUCAUCCGUUUUGUGGCUACCACUGGUGACGCUAUGGGCAUGAACAUGCUCUCCAAGGGGACUGAGAUGUCACUGAAGACUGUUCAACAGCAUUUCUCAGACAUGGAGGUACUCAGCCUAAGCGGAAACUUCUGCUCUGACAAGAAACCAGCUGCUGUCAAUUGGAUUGAAGGCAGAGGGAAGUCGGUGGUGUGUGAGGCGGUGGUACCCGGCCACAUUGUGACCUCAGUACUCAAGACCUCAGUUCCAGCGUUGAUUGAUGUCAACAUCAGUAAAAACAUGAUUGGCUCGGCUGUUGCCGGAAGUAUAGGAGGCUUUAACGCUCAUGCAGCUAACAUUGUCACUGCCAUCUUCAUCGCCACUGGUCAGGACCCUGCCCAAGUGGUAUCGAGUAGCAACUGCAUGACGCUGAUGGAGCCGUGGGGAGAAGGCGAAGAUCUGUACAUCUCGUGUACGAUGCCAUCGAUAGAGAUUGGUACAGUGGGGGGUGGAACUCAGCUGCCAGCUCAAGCCGCAUGUCUGGACAUGUUGGGUGUCAAAGGACCCAAUGAAAACUGUCCAGGGGAAAAUGCCAACAUGUUGGCCAGGAUUGUGUGUGGAACUGUACUGGCAGGUGAAUUGUCUCUCAUGUCAGCCCUAGCUGCUGGUCAUCUCGUCCGAAGUCAUCUCAGGCAUAACAGGUCAUCGACGAACACUGCACCUACAACGAGUAACUUUCACCCCUCUCGACCCUCCUGCACCUCCAGCUAACAGCUUUCACCACCAACCUUGCUUUUGUUUUACCGGUAAUGUGUGCUAUAAAAGCUCAAAAUUAAUCUGUAUUUUGUGUUGUAAAAACCGUGUAUAUAUGUAUAUAAACUAGUCGAGUAUUUGAUUCCCCUCAACUUUUUCUAAAUGCCAACUUGAUAUAGUGUUAGGCGGUAAAUAAUAUUUUUAGAGCCAACUGUUAUAAUAAAAAAACUAAUUUGAUCGUUUGAGUUAAAAUGUACAGUAUUGUUUUUAUUUUAAUUCUUCUUUUCUAGUGUAUUUAUUUACUUACUUCAAAUUUUUCUAGUGGCUAAAGAUCUUUUUUCUUCACUUUAGUGUAUAUGUUAGCUGAAAGUUUAUAGGAGUGUUAAAUUUCCAUACUUAUUGUUGUUUAAAGUUGUACUUUUUAAUUAAUUAUUUAAUAAUAACAGUGAAUUGUGAUAUUUAUUGACUUGAGGAUUUAGCUUAAAUGAUAUGUAUUAUUAUUAUUGUAUUAUAUGUUUAUUUUUAAUGUUUAUGUAUUCCUUUUGGAGAGGUGGGAGAAACAGGAUACAACAGCUGUUUUUUUAUUGAUUCUUUUUGGUAAAAUAAUUUUAAUCUACUGUACUUUAGCUUACCGUAUUUGACUGAUUUUGGAAACUAGUUACCAUUUUACCUUUAUUGUUUGUUUAUUGAUUAUUACUCUCUUGAUGAACAAUAAACAAAUUUCUAAGAAACUGACUUUUUUGAUAAUUAUUUGUUCUAUUACUAAAUCAGUCUGUAAAUAGUCAAUAUAUUUCCUAACUGCUAUAGUUUUUCUUAAUAUAAUAGGUUAUGUCUAGGUUGUAUUAUUUUUUAUAGUGCUUUGGUGUAGGCAAAACUUAUUAUAUUAAGAAAACAAAAAACGGUAAACCAUCAUUCAUCAGUUCAUUUGUAAUAUUCUGGAUUACUCAAGUAGACUCAGGAAACUUGUAAUAUAAUCCAUAUAGGUUAUUAUUUUAUAUAUGCAUACAAUAAACCAAUCUGAGUUUGUUAACCUGACUACCAUUUAGUGUAAGACCAAUGUUUUGGUUUGUUUACUGUUCCAUUAUGAAUGAGAAAUAACAUGUUAGUGGUUAAGUCUUAUAUUGUUUUAUUAUAAAAUGUUAUUUCUCAUUCAUCGUGUAAUAGUAAACAAAACAAAAAGUUGAUGUUGCUGUAAAUACUAGUUGGCUUAACAAAUGAAACCAACUUGUAUUAGUAUAUUUUAAUGUUAUAGAGUCAGAGUUUAAUCAAGUUAAUGCAUUAAGAAGUUAAUUGAAGGAAUAGUUCAGACUUUUCACACCAAAAAUUUUAGUAUAACAUAUUUGUACACUUUUUAUGCUUAAUUUUUGUUGUCCUCAAAAACUACAAAUGAAAUAGUCAGUAUGAAAUUCUUCACUUUUUUUCCAAGCGAACUAUGUUUUUUUAUGUACAUAAUACAAAGUGUAUUAGAAAAAUCAAAUUUUAAAAAAAUUUUUCUUUACACAAAUUUUACAAUAACUUGAUAUCAGAUAUUUGAUAAAUUUGAAUCGGAUCUAUGUUGUUUUAUAGUUUAUUCAUUUGUUACAUAUUUUAUGAAUUUGUUAUUAUUCUCAAUUGAAUUCAGACAUAACUUUAGCUCUGUUUGAUUAGCCAUUUCUUGUAUCUUUUCACCGUGAUAUUAUUCUUAUUAUUUUUUGCUUCAUGUUGACAAUAAGCCAUGUAUAUUCUAGUGAAUAUUUUAGCUAUAUUUUUGUAUCACAUCUACUGUGAUUUCAGUGUAGAUGAGCUUAGAUUUUCCAGUCACCAAUUUUAAAUACAUAAAUCUCUACGAAUUUGUAUUUUGUAAAAGAUGAGACAAUAUAUAUAAAACUGCCAAAAUUAGAUUGUUUACUAUUUAUUAUUAAUCAUAAUAUCAUAAUAGCAUGCAUAUCACAUCAUAAAAUAGAGUUUAAUGAAAGCAUUUGUAGAAUACUAAACUCAGUUGCAAUACAGAUUUGGAAGUUUUUAUAUUUUGUGUCCAAUGAGAUGUUAUUAUCAGCACAGUUUAUAUUCAUAGUAAGUCUUUUUGUGUAGGUUCUGAUUGAUUCAUGUGAAAUGAAUUGGAGAGUAUAUUAAUAGAUUUUAAUACCAUAGUCACUCAAAUGGUUUUUCUGGUUUUUCGACGUAUUACUAUUAGUAUCAUGCAGGUGUAGUAAUAAUAUCAAUAUUAUAGCGAUUUCAGACACUAGUAAAUAAUUAUAUUUGUAUAAAAUGUUAUCUAUUUGGAAAGUAUGAUAACCUUGCAUAGUGCAAUGACAUUUUUGUUUGUACACUACAUCAAAAUAAAAACAACAAUGAAGGCAGAAAAAAUCAAUAAUUUAUUAAUCUGGUAUGAUUAACUGUAACGUUUAAAAUUAUUCCACUCAAAUCAAGAACUCAGUAGGUACGCCAAAUAAUUCAAAAGUGAAAGUUUACAACAGUUUAGCUAUGUUCACUAACUAGAUCAGUGUCACGUUAUUUCUAGCCUGCGAUUCUAUAACACUAGAUAUGUGGAUGUUUGGGUGAUCAAUAACUGUGCUGAUAAAGUGAUGGUAAUUCACAUUUUAUUAACAAAUAGUUAUAAGAUAGAAAUUAUCACUUUCACUAAAUGAGAAGUACUUUGAAGAAGUUUUAGUUUUUAUAAUGAAACCUUUGUUGCAAGAAAUCACAAUUUCAAUAUACCAAAGACAUCACUUUUUCCUCAAUCAUUGAAUUUUUGUAUGAACACUUUUAAUUUUGUGGUUAGUUAAUACAUUCACUGCUAACAUCUCUGAUCAGAGAUGAGCUGGACUCACUCGGGUACUGCCAUCUCUGACCGGAGACCUUUGGCCCUUUAUGCAAUAUACACUACAAUUUUUUAGCAUCCCUAAUGUGUUAUAAUUUCUUUAGCAGUUAAUGUGUUAAAUGCUGUUAUGUCCAUAUUCUUCUGUGUUUUUCAACUAGUUAUUCAAUUUAUACAGAGUAAUAUGAUUUGACUUUGUUUGAAUAUUCAAGAACUGUAAGUAUACAAAAAAGAAGUUGUAUGUUUUUAAUUUGUGAAUUUUGAACUUGUUUUUGAAAAAUUAUAAAACUUUUUUAGCCAUUCAUAUUUAUUCUGUAUUUAUUACUAUAUUAAUAAGAUAGCUAUGGACGUUUUCACAAUAAUUAAUUAUUUUAUUAAUAACUUAUUUAAUAGUAGAAAAUAUCUAUAACAAUUGUGUUAUUCUUUCAAACCACCACUUGUCAGUAAUACAACUUUUUUAGAUAAUUUUAAAAUUUUUAGUGUUUAUUUUAUUUUAAAAGGAUAGGAAAUCAGUAAGCUUACAUUGAUGAAGGCAAUGAUGUGUUAUCUUAAAUAUUUGUAACUCUUGUAAAUCAUUCAAGCCAUCUUAAGUUCUGAAUUCCACUUUGGAUUUUGUAUUUUAUUAUCUUCCUAUCCUUUAAAAAAAUCUGGUGCUUCUGUAUAAUUAACUUUUCAUAUGGUAAUAGUGUGCGAGUCGCAUUGUGAUUUUCUUGUAUUUUCACUAAAACACGAAUUAUCAUAAAAAUUAACACAAAACACAAUUGUGUUGUGUGUUAAGUAAACUGAAAUUAAGACUCACUUUGUCUGUGGACUACUCUGUUUAGCCUCAGAAAGACUUGUUACUUUGAGACUAAAAAUGUACUUACUGAUCCAACUUAAUUUUGCUAUGUUCGGUGAGGUAGUGUAGUGAUAGGUCAGUAUUUAUUUGUAAAUAGGACAUUAAUGCUGUGGAUCAGUUGCGAUGUGUAUCAGUAAGAGUCACAUUUUCCAACAAAACCUGUAUACAUGCUGAAUAAAGAUCAUACCAUACUAAAGUAAAA